AUGGAGGAGGUGACGGAGGAGGUGACGGAGGAGGUGACGGAGGAGGUGACGGAGGAGGUGACGGAGGAGGUGACGGAGGAGGUGAUGGAGGAGGUGAUGGAGGAGGUGAUGGAGGAGGUGAUGAGGAGAGUUUCGGUUUGCAACAGUGUGAUCACGUGUGCCAUGAACCUGCUUUGGUCAGACUCGCUCUCCUCCACGGGACGCAGAAAACUCCGGCACCUCUUUCUGUUCCUCACCCGCUCAGAGGAACCUCCUCUUCUCCUCACCCGCUCAGAGGAACCUCCUCUGCUCCUCACCCGCUCAGAGGAAUCUCCUCUGCUCCUCACCUGCUCAGAGGAACCUCUUCUGCUCCUCACCCGCUCAGAGGAACCUCCUCUGCUCCUCACCCGCUCAGAGGAAUCUCCUCUGCUCCUCACCUGCUCAGAGGAAUCUCCUCUGCUCCUCACCUGCUCAGAGGAACCUCUUCUGCUCCUCACCCGCUCAGAGGAACCUCCUCUGCUCCUCACCCGCUCAGAGGAACCUCCUCUGCUCCUCACCUGCUCAGAGGAACCUCCUCUGCUCCUCACCUGCUCAGAGGAAUCUCCUCUGCUCCUCACCUGCUCAGAGGAAUCUCCUCUGCUCCUCACCUGCUCAGAGGAACCUCCUCUGCUCCUCACCUGCUCAGAGGAAUCUCCUCUGCUCCUCACCUGCUCAGAGGAAUCUCCUCUGCUCCUCACCUGCUCAGAGGAACCUCUUCUGCUCCUCACCUGCUCAGAGGAACCUCUUCUGCUCCUCACCUGCUCAGAGGAAUCUCCUCUGCUCCUCACCUGCUCAGAGGAAUCUCCUCUGCUCCUCACCUGCUCAGAGGAACCUCUUCUGCUCCUCACCUGCUCAGAGGAACCUCCUCUGCUCCUCACCCGCUCAGAGGAACCUCCUCUGCUCCUCACCCGCUCAGAGGCACAGGCCCUGAGCAGCAGCAGCAGAACUGCAGACACCACAGCCACCUCCACUGAGCGCAGUACCAACAUCAGCCACCUCAGAGUGACGGGGGCACUGUCUGGAAGGAGAAACCACACAUGA